AGCUAGACGGGGGGUCGGGUUACUGAGAGGGGCGCUGCUAAAUUUAACCCACUGAUGUAGCGGCAGGCAGAGGCUUUAAAUGCCCCGGGGCAGUUGGUGAGAGCAGUUGUUGCACACAGACCCUCCUCAGCGCAAGCUCCACGGGACACAUCGCCCAAACGCCAGCGCAGGAGCCCCAUAGCGCCCAGGAACACACACGCCUCUCGCCCGUCCCGUCCCGUCCCAGCCCGGGCCGUCCCGCCACGCGAUGGAGCUUUUCGAGACCAACCCGUACUUCUUCCCCGACCAGCGCUUCUACGAGGGGGGCGAGAACUACUUCCCCUCGCGGCUGCCGGGGGGGUUCGAGCAGGGGGGGUACCAGGACCGGCCGGCUGCCCUGGGGCUGUGCGGGGACGGCCGGAUGCUGUCGGCGGGGGCGGGCCUGGAGGACAAGGCGUCCCCCGCGGACGGCCUGUCCCCGCCGCAGGAGCACUGCCCGGGACAGUGCCUGCCCUGGGCCUGCAAGCUGUGCAAGCGGCGCUCGGUCACCAUGGACCGGCGGAAGGCGGCCACGCUGCGCGAGAAGCGGCGGCUGAAGAAGGUGAACGAGGCCUUCGAGGCGCUGAAGCGGAGCACGCUGCUCAACCCCAACCAGCGGCUGCCCAAGGUGGAGAUCCUGCGCAGCGCCAUCCAGUACAUCCAGCGCCUGCAGGCCCUCGUCAGCACCCUCAACCAGCAGGACCACGCCCAGCCCGGCCUGCACUACAGGGGCCCCGCGGGCCAGCGGGUGUCCUCCAGCAGCGAUCCGGGUUCGGGCAGCACCUGCUGCAGCAGUCCAGAGUGGAGCAGCGCCUCAGAUCACUGUGGCCCCGCCUACAGCACCACGCCUGAGGACAUGCUGAACGAGGACUCGCUGGAACAGCCCACCCUGCGCUCCCUCACCUCCAUCGUGGACAGCAUCACGGCGGCGGGGGAGGGGGCCCCCCCAGCUUACUCAGGGGACAUUUCCAAAUAAACACCCACCCCCAUCCCGCCCCCCCCCACCCCCCAUCCAAAGCGUCCAGAGACCAGAGCGACAGGAUCAGCGCUCACACAACCAAAGGGCUGCGACUGCCCCUUUCCUCCAAUCAAAGCCCGCGGUCCAAAGGGCUGCGACUGCCCCUUUCCUCCAAUCAAAGCCCGCGGUCCAAAGGGCUGCGACUGCCCCUUUCCUCCAAUCAAAGCCCGCGGUCCAAAGGGCUGCGACUGCCCCUUUCCUCCAAUCAAAGCCCGCGGUCCAAAGGGCUGCGACUGCCCCUUUCCUCCAAUCAAAGCCCGCGGUCCAAAGGGCUGCGACUGCCCCUUUCCUCCAAUCAAAGCCCGCGGUCCAUUUUUAUAACGUUCGUUGUUUUUAUGUGGGAAAAUGAGAGGAGCUCGACAGGAAGCUCACCUCUCCUUAACGCAGAAGACGAGAGAGCGGCUUCCUGUUUCGCAUUUCCCCUUUUCAUUCUUGAUUUUAUUUGCGUGUGUGUUUGUUAUACUUUAAAAAAAAAAAGAAAAAAAAAAGGGUAAAAUUCUUGGGGCCAACGUUUUAAACUGCAGUUUGACCAAUUUCUGCUUAAUUUAAACCAGAUAUGAAUGCCAGUGAUGUACAUACUUCCCUAUUUUCUACAGAGUGGUUUUGCUAUUUUAUUCUUUAUUUUGCUAACUUAUUUUGAUUUUUAUAAUAAAGAUUGACGUGUAUUUCUA